AAGCAACAAGAAUUCCAUCACGGGCUCUCGUUUCCCACACCUCCGAUACGCUCUCUGAUUCGGUCAUGAUUCAAGAAGGAGUUUACUAGCCGCUGCCUUUGUUCAUUACAUAAGUAUGGCUCGAUUGAAUGAUUUAACGACGUCGACAGAGUCCAUUGAAGGCUUAAAGAGACGAUUUGUGCGGCAGAACCGCGAGAUUGCCCGAGUCAACUCCAUACAGUCCCUCCGCAUCCGUAGCCUGGAGUCGGAGGUUUCACAGUUACUCGCCGAAAAUGUUUCUCUACGGGAGCAAGCAAUAACACUCAAGCAGGAGCUUAAAAGAUGCCAGGCUACCAAGCUACUCCAGGACGGGGUAUAUAGCAUCAAAUCAAAACUAGACGCCAAGUUGAUGGAACUGAGCACAUUGGUGACUGAGCUUGGUGAGCUCCCGCGUGACUACAACAAAAAGCAAAGUAGCGCGCAGAUGACGAGUUCGACGCCGCAGUCAGCUUUAAGCUGGGAGCGCAAAAUAGCUGACAUGGAGCGAACUAAUACUCAUGAGGAGGAAGGAAGACUUCCGACAAUCCUCGAAGACAAGUAUUUCCCAAGGAAGACGCUGGAGCUUCACAGUAUACAGGGACUACUCAACAGCGAUCACAUUGAUCCCGAGUCCCCGGCAGGUCUUGAGUCAGCCACCAUACACACGAACAAUUUAUUCCCCGCCAAAGAAGAGAUCGCAGUAAACGAGUCGCUAGUAACCCACAUGAAGCGGACAGAUUCCCAGAUGGUCCUUCAACCUACAUCUGACCCCGGGACAGAGGAAAACGAAGAUGAUGCGACAAAACCACAAACUCGCUUCGCAGCUUGUGAGGCAACCACUGAGCAGGCACACCCACAAACUGAACCUGGCCUUGGCGCAAAGCGAAAGUUCUCAUCAGCUAUCGAAGAUAAAUUAGAGUGCUCGGUAGAUGAUAACGACGACUUUCAAUACCGGCAGACUCGUUCGCCUCCUGGCCAGGGGGAGCUGAUGGACUCAGCAAGCGGCGGAAGAGGCUCUAUCAAGGAAGAUGUACAUCCUCUUGUAGAGAGCAAGAAAAUUAACAAGCAGGCAAGGCGAAGGAUACUUAAGCCAAAAAGCAGUAAUACCAGCGUUCACUCCCCGAGAAAUGCCUCCCAUGAACUCUCCGAUGAUAUGCAAGAGGAUCUCGUCAUGUCGGCGCUCGAAGUCAAGGGUCAUACGACAAGCCUCGUAGAGGCUACAUCAUGCACGCCGCAUGGGGGUGGGACACCCGGCGGACCGCUCAAGCACCCUACCCCCGGCGCGUCCUGCGGCGGGGCAGGGAUUGCGAAUGAUAAACACGAAUUAGUAAACUCAGUGUCCCUGACCCAAGAUCGGCUCGAGCAGCCGACACCAGGGACGGACAUAAGGGGUGCAGUGGCAUGUGGAGCCACCGGAUCAUCCAGACCGGCAAGACGCCAGAGGGCUAUUGUAAGUUAUGCGGAGCCUAAUCUACGUGAUAAGAUGCGUCGACCUACGGAUGAGCUAGUAGCGGCUGUUGGUGAUCAAAAACGGAGAACCUCUGGCACAAUGAAAGCCCUGAGAAGCACAAAAGAGGACGAAGAUGCGUGUCCGCGGCGCCGACCGGAUGCAGUGAAGUCACCAACUUUGAAUAUGACAGGAACGGGUUCGCCAACUCCUGUGAUGAAUCUUACUGGGGAUUCUCCCUCAAAGAAAUUAAAAAUGGUGUCCCAAAGGAGGCGCAAGGCCUCUCUUGCAAGCAGAUAUGACCUUGCAAUGACCUAUGAGGAAGCGCAAGGAGGCAGUGAAUGUUCCGAUUUGAUGCUGACUGGAGUCGAAAAUAAUGAUCACAAACUCGAAGCUCAAGACAGCGCUACGCAUCUACCAGAUGUUGGAUCCGACGAAUGCUUCGGAACGCGACUAACAGAGGCCACAGAUGGCAAUACGAGCAAGACAUCGUUGGAUGCAUACGGGCAACAACAACGUAUAGCUCGACAAGCAAACAGACGCUCGACCGGCCGUAGAACUUUCAAUGAAGCCACAUCCAAGCGAGGCGAGGCAAUCCUAGCGGACAAUGAAUCUCCGCGUUCCGGCCCAGAUAAUUCAAGGGUAUCACCGAUCAAGUCCCAUGACUUCCUUGAGCUAUUGGAUCAUGAAAGGCAUGCUACAGCGGAUAUAGUUCGAAUCCCUGCAGCUGAGUCUGUUGCCACAGAAACAAGGCAGAUUGGGCGGUCUCUGCGUGCCGCUGCUAGGAGGAGAAGUAUGAUGUUGUAAAUUCUGAAGCUCUACAAGGCAAACAAUGCUAUGUAUAUAACAUCACGAUCAGACUGAGUCUCAUACGGGAACAUGGCAUAUUGCGCACCAUGCUGUUCCAUAUGAUUUGAGUCGUAAUAUGAUAGAGAUAAGAAGUCUUGAAAAGAGCAACGCCAUCGAGGGUGAGCUACUUCAGAUGUAUAUGCC